GUAUCGCUAGCAGCGGACUGCGCGCGGCGCGACAUCGAUUUUUCCACUAAAUAAGCCAUUUUCAACCAUCAGUGAGAUUGUAAACACGUUCUGUUCAGUUCGGAAUAAUAAAAUUCAGAUAAGUGAAUACGUGUGGCUCUUCCCGUUAAUAAUGCGCUACAGUGGGUCGUUAUUUAAUGACAAUGGCCGCUCAAAAUAAAGUUGAAAGUGAGUCGGAAGAGAUGCCGACGGCUGCGUCUGACCCCAGUACCGAGCAGAAGGAACGAUUGAUAGCUGCCGUGAAGAAAGAAGUUAAGCAGUUGAUGGAAGAGGCCGUUACACGAAAAUUCGUUCAUGAGGAAAGCGGAGGGGUGACUGCACUCUGUGGCGCGGUGGAAGCUUGCCUCGGUCAAGGUCUUAGGCGACGCGCCCUCGGUCUCUUCAAGACAAGCUCCACUACUGCGCUUUUGCAUAAAAUUGCUAAGAACUGUCCAGAAGCAGCUCUAAUAUCCGCUCGAGUUCUGAGCGCCGAGGGUGCACCAGCCACGCGGUCUGCUUCUGGUGUCGAGAGGCGACCGUCAGCUCCUCGACCACCACUUAACAAGCGGGGCUCCGGUUCCCUGUUGUCACAGUCACCGCCGCAGUCUAAAUACCUGUGGAUACGAAUAGCUCUUUUUGAGCGUCAAUUAGCGAAAAUAAUCGAGCAUCUAGUGAACAACGCAAGUAAAUACUACGAAAGGGAUGCUCUGGUAGCGGACCCUGACUACGGCAGUAUCUUAAGUUCUUUGCUGGUUGGACCUUGCGCCUUAGAAUACUCUAAAGCAAAAGCACCGGCGUGCUUUUGGACUGACCCCCCUGCGGAUGAGCUGGUUCAGAGACACAGAAUGUCCGCCGGUACAACAACGCCACCGUCAGUACGUAGGCCUAUCCUCAACUUUAAGAGAAGUCUCAAUGCGUCUUCAGACGAUGGCAGCGCUGUCAGCACAGGAACCGCAAACGCGACUGCUUCGAGCGCAAAGGAUUAUGUCGAAAGUUUACACCAGAAUUCAAGAGCGACGCUUCUAUACGGCAAAAAUAAUGUUCGUGUUCAGCCGAAGGAUGUCGAAGAACCAAUGCCUGGUUAUUUAAGCUUACAUCAGUCGGCCGCCGGGCUUGUUAUAAAAUGGACACCGAACCAGCUCAUGAACGGUUACGCGGAGAGCGAAGGAAUCGAUAAAAGUCAGUUACGUUGGCACUUAGUGCAUGUGUCGGCGUGUCCGCACGAGUGUGUUCUGUGCAGCGCCGCGCCUUGCACCGUGUUUAGGCAGAGAUGUGCCGGCUCGCUUUGUAUCAAUUGCGUGUACUGGGCGAUGUCACUCCAGGUUUGCGUAUGGGAGGUGGUGUACGUUCACGUCCAUCGAUCUAAGGCGAGCGAUGCUCUCAUUUUGGUGGGGCAGGAUGGGGUUCAACGACCUCCCAUACAUUUUCCUAAAGGAGGUCAUUUACUGUCAUUUUUAAGCAAUUUAGAAACAGGUUUACUACCGCACGGUCAACUUGACCCACCGCUGUGGUCACAGAGAGGAACCGGCAAGGUAUUCGGCCGCGGUAAAAACCGUCGACGACCUUUACCAAGCUUAUGUGAGAGUGGAGAGUCCGAAGAGCCAGAUUGGGAAGAAGUGGCGGGCGACUACGUAUUCCGAAUAGUCAACAACGCUAUUACCGAUAGAGAAGCCAUGCGCCACUCCCUGUUAGAGCGAGUGGUGCAGUCACCGCCGCGAACUCCUCGCCGACCGCUAGCAUCGACGUCCACCACGUCGUCGGACUCCUCCACUAUGUCCGUGGACUGUCCAUUAACUGGAGUGAAUGGACACACACCUACGCCCACGCCGAACCCCAUUGUCGAAGAGGUCGCCUCUAUCGAGUUAGUUUGUAGUACCAUGCGUCGUCAAAUCAUAUCUCGGGCGUUUUAUGGAUGGCUCGCUUAUUGCAGACAUCUGUCUACCGUGCGGACGCAUCUUAGUGGACUAGUUAAUCCUAAUAUUAUAUCAAAAGACGGGAUAGAAUCUGGGUUGACCGAAGAGAUUUGGCGAUCCAUGAUGGACAAUCGAGGAGUAGUGACAGAUAAGGACGAAGUGUAUAGGAUAGUUUACUACGGCGGUGUGCAACAUGAUAUCAGAAGAGAAGUGUGGCCGUUCCUCUUAGGAUAUUACGAAUUUGGAUCAACCGCUGAAGAAAGGAUGGAACAGGACGUGACGUACCGACGACAAUAUGAAACGACGAUGUCUGAAUGGUUGUGUGUCGAAGCAAUCGUACGACAGAGGGAUAGAGAAGCGACUGCUGCGUCUAUUGCGCGACUUACAGCAUCUGCUGGAAAGCCUCGAACAGAACUUGACGAACCUAACGAGGUAUUCGAAGACGAUUGCAGUGUUAUAUCAGACAAUCCACCAAUAGUCUCGCCAGAACCAAGUGAAAACGAACAAAGGAAACCGGAAUCAAAACCUGUACUCUCACGAGCACCGAGUAUAGACGAAGUUGAAAAUAUUGAAUUAGAUUCAGAAGACAAAGGAAAAGUAGCAGAUACAGUUAACGGGGACACGGCAAUAAUUGAUAGUAGAGACAUUGAUAGCCUCAAUGAUUUAGAAGUAGAUGACGACGUGUGUAUUAAGAGUGUUGUGGAAAAUCCUGAUUUGAGAAGAGAAAGUAUUGCUGAGAUUAAGCGACUUGCAGAAGGUUUUGUGCAAAAGGGAGACGGUAGAGGGUUGCUAUGCAGUGUCGAUAGCGGUAAUACCAACCUCAACGGUAAUGAUAUGAGGUCGUCAAUAGAUGAACCUCUGCCUAGUUCGCAUCAGCAGCACACUAGCGUUAUUAUAACGAACCCUUCUGUAGACUUGGCUCCGUCCGGCUCACCAGCAUCCGGUGGAACAACAGCGAACGCGAGCCCCGCGCGCAGCCCGCUGGGCGUGGUCCGCGAGGAGUCGCAGUCGGCGGGCGCGUCGUUCGACACGCUGGAGCCCAGCGACGGCCGCCCCGAGCGCCCCGAGCGCCCCGAGCGCCCCGACAACCGCUCCAGCUGCGUCUCCCCCGCCAGCUCAAACGGAGGGGUGUACUCUAAUGAAUUAGUCGAGAGCUUCGCUUUGAAUCUACAUCGAAUCGAAAAAGACGUACAAAGAUGUGACAGAAAUUAUCCAUUUUUCACGGAUGAAAAUUUAGACAAAUUGAGAAACAUAAUGUGCACGUAUGUCUGGGAGCAUUUGGAGAUGGGAUACAUGCAAGGCAUGUGUGAUUUGGUGGCGCCGCUGCUAGUGAUAAUGAAGGAAGAAGCCACGGCGCAUGCAUUGUUUUCGCGACUCAUGCACAGAGCGAGGGAUAACUUCCCAUCUGGUCAAGCUAUGGACGCGCAUUUUGCUGACAUGAGGUCACUCAUUCAGAUCUUGGACUGCGAGCUAUACGAGUUGAUGCAUGCCCAUGGAGACUACACACACUUCUACUUCUGUUACCGUUGGUUCCUGCUGGAUUUCAAACGGGAGUUGCUGUACCAAGAUGUUUUCGCGGCCUGGGAGUUGAUAUGGGUGGCCCGUCACGUGGCCUCGGAGCACAUGGUGCUGUUCAUAGCGCUCGCUCUGCUCGAGACCUACCGUGACGUCAUACUCGCCAACGCCAUGGAUUUCACUGAUAUCAUUAAAUUCUUCAACGAAAUGGCUGAGCGGCACGACGCUUCCGCCGUGUUAUCUCUGGCUAGGGAUCUAGUGCUGCAAGUCCAGACCCUAAUCGAGAACAAAUAGAGUUUAAAAUGCAGUGACCUUAGCAUCACAUUAGAACAAUGAUUGUAUGGAUCAUAGAGCAAAUGUUCGAAGGCUAGGUCCUAUUAAAAUUGGAAUAAUCGUAAAUAACGAAUAAAUAAUUUUACUAUCAA